AUGACUCCAAACUUCCAAAACCAACUUUCCUCCGCCGGCUCUGCCGGCCCUCACGCCCUCGACCCCGCCCUCGACCCCGCCCCCACUCCCGCCCCCACUUCCGCUCCAGCUCCCGCUCCAGCUCCCCCGAGCUACGCGUUCCCCGUGCCGCCGCCAUUGCGGCAACCCCAGUCAAGUGUUCCGCAGCGCCGGGAGGAUGGGGACAUCUGCGGGCCCCUCGUCUGGCUCCACCACGACCACGCGCGGGCGAUUGGGAUCGCAGUGCAGGAGGAGUUCGAGCGGCGCAAAGAGCUGGAUCGUCUCGUGAUGUGGACGGAUGCCGGCUGCCCUGUCGACAAGUUACAGAGACCGUCCGGAUUCUCGAUCACCUGGCAGGAGAACCGCAACCACGACAUACCAUGGACGGACAAGUCAGCAGUGCUGUUCCCGAAGUCCCAUGAGCAGAUCAAUGCCAGCUACGCAGAGACCAUGGCGAUUCUCCAUGCUCUCAAGAUUGCGUAUGCUGCUAAAGGUUGCGGGAGAAACACGGUGGCGACCGUGGCCGUGUACACCGACAGCCAACCUGCCCUGCAGAACAUCCACCGUGGCCUCACUGGUCUUAGUUUGGUUGACGUCCAAAGCUUCGCCAGCAUGGAAGACCGGUCGUCUGAGCGCAUCAUCAGGGAGGUGCUCUCCUGCAUCUACGACCUCACGGUCCUAGGUGUACGUGUCGAGUUGCGCUGGGUACCGCGUGAUCAGGUCCUGGGCAACAAGCGCGCUGAUCGGCUUGUGCAAGCGGCUAGGCGUGUUGGCGACUUGCUCAUGUACGGCAGCGACUAUCGCCACAGGCCAAAGGAGGGAUGGGAUGCAGACGUGGGUUGGAGGUGGGUCCCUGUAUGGUUGGUGGAGGGUGACGAAGAUCUGCGUGGUCAGAUCCGUUUCUAUCGCGAGUAG